AUGAGCACAAGCCGCAUCACGACAGAUAGAGAUAAAAACAUUAUCCUAUCACCAGAAAAUCCAACUGCCACUGUGAUUUUCUUACAUGGUCUUGGAGACACGGGCUACGGGUGGAGCGAUGCUAUGGCCAAUUUAUCCAAAGAAUUGCCAUAUGUGAAGUUUGUUUUGCCUACAGCUUCGUCCAUGCCAGUAACGGCUAAUAUGGGUAUGAAAAUGCCCGCAUGGUAUGAUAUCAAGUCUCUUUCUCGUAUUAAUGGAAAAAGGAUAAUGCCGAUGGCAUUGAUGAAUCUCGUAAUCGUAUCAUGGAUAUUAUUCAAAGAGAGGUACAUGGAGACAAAGAUGGUGCUUGGUGGUAUUCUUGCUAUGUCUGGAUAUCUACCACGUUACGACUCGUUUCAACUCGUGUCAGAGACAGCAAAUGUACCGCUGCUUAUGUGCCACGGCGAGAAGGAUCCGGUUGUGCGCUAUGAAUACGGUAAAAUGUCCAAAGUUAAACUGGAAACGGCAGGUGUAAAAAAUGUGGAGUUUCACUCGUACCCGGACAUGGAGCACAGUGCGUGCAUGGAAGAGUUGGAUGACAUUACAAAGUGGCUUCAGCGCGUACUUCCUGAAACGCAGCAUUAG